AUGGCCUCGCUAUCCUUAUCAACCCUCACCACCCUCUGGCCCCAAAUAGCCGCAUCCUACCCCCCGGGCCUCAUCGAAGUCACCGUCACCAUCCUCGCCCAAAUCCUCGGCUUCUGGCUCCCCUGCACCCUCUACCUCGCUAUCGAUCUCGCAUUCCCGGCCUUCUCCAGCAAACACAAACUCCAAUCCUCCCGCCGCCAACCUACCUGGGCUGCCAUAACCCACUGCUUUCAGCGCGUCCUGACCGCAAACCUCCUCUCCACCGUCCUGCACGUCGCCUUCGCCUUCGCGACAAACUUCCAACACACCCUCUUCACCAUAACGUCCACCUACCCGACCCCGCGCGAACUUAUCGCCGACUUCGCCUACGCCCUCCUCCUGCGUGAACUGCUUUUCUACACUGCCCACCGCUCCCUGCACCAUCCAAAACUAUACACGCGCUUCCACAAACAGCACCACAGCUUCACCGCCCCCAUGGCCUUUGCCGCGCAAUACGCCCACCCGCUCGAGCACAUGCUGGCCAAUGUCAUGCCCAUCGUGCUCCCGCUCGCCCUGCGCCGCGCGCAUAUCUUGUCAUUUGCGUUAUUUUUGACCUCAAUGCUGAUAGAGACUGCAAGCGUGCAUAGUGGGUAUGACUUUGCUGGGGCGCGCAAGCAUGAUUUGCACCAUGAGAAGUUUCGGGUUAAUUAUGGGGCGCUGGGGCUGUUGGAUUGGGUCUUUGGGACGGAUGUGGUGGGGUGGGAUCGGAAGGAGAAGAAGGAAAGUUAG